UGCAAAGUAGGAAAGAAUCUUGACCCGUACCAAACAGCAAAAAGAAGAACAACUAAAAGCUUGACUUCAUUCCCAGAAUCACUCUCUCCAUCACAACUCAACUCAACCCAUAAUUUAUUUAUUUUUUUAGUUAUUACAACAAAUAAAUUAGUUUCUUUCUUCCUUGGACUCUUCUAAAUUCCUUCAAACAAAUCUCUUAGACAGUCUUCAAUUCAAUUCAACCAAUCAAAUACCGUUUUUCUUUCUCUCUCUAAAUGCCUGCGUCCUUCUCCAUUGCCUCCUUCCCCGUCCUCGAUUGUCGGUGGUAGUUGGAAAAGGGAAGAGAGUAUGGCAAUGGAGGAGGAAGAGCCGAGCCAGCUGAAGAGAGCGUUGAUUGAUUCCUCUGCUGGAGCUAUUUCUGGUGCUAUAUCAAGAACAGUUACCUCUCCCCUUGAUGUUAUUAAGAUUAGGUUCCAGGUUCAACUCGAGCCCACAUCUUCAUGGGCUUUACUACGCAAGGAAAUUUCUGCACCAUCAAAAUAUACUGGCAUGCUUCAAGCAAGCAAAGAUAUCUUUAGAGAAGAAGGCAUACGGGGUUUUUGGCGGGGCAAUGUACCAGCUUUGCUCAUGGUUAUGCCAUAUACAUCCAUACAGUUCACAGUUUUGCACAAGUUAAAAUCUUUUGCCUCUGGUUCUUCCAAAUCAGAGAAUCACAUUAAUUUGAGCCCUUAUCUAUCCUAUGUGAGUGGGGCAUUAGCUGGGUGUACAGCUACUGUAGGAUCAUAUCCUUUUGAUCUCCUUCGAACCAUAUUAGCUUCUCAAGGUGAACCGAAGGUUUAUCCAAACAUGAGGUCAGCAUUCGUUGACAUUGUUAAGACUCGUGGUUUCUCUGGCUUGUAUGCCGGACUGUCACCAACGCUAGUUGAGAUUAUACCUUAUGCAGGCCUACAAUUUGGUACUUACGAUACGUUUAAACGUUGGGCUAUGGCAUGGAACCACACUCAAUACUCAAAUGCUAUUGGAGAAGAUAGCCUAUCUAGCUUUCAACUUUUCCUGUGUGGGUUGGCUGCUGGUACAUGCGCUAAGCUUGUUUGUCAUCCACUUGAUGUAGUCAAGAAAAGAUUUCAGAACUAGAUCCUGAGCUCAUACCUACCCAUUGAACGCAUGCUGAACAAAUGGCUUCUCAUGCCCUAUCGUUAUGGACGUCCAUCGAGUAUGUAGUUAUGGAUCUUCAUGCUUUCUUUCCUCCAGAUUGAAGGUCUGCAAAGGCAUCCAAGAUAUGGAGCUCGUGUGGAACACCGUGCGUACAGAAACAUGUUUGACGCCAUGAAACGGAUAUCACAGGCAGAAGGUUGGGCUGGUCUGUAUAAGGGGAUCAUCCCAUCAACUGUUAAAGCUGCACCAGCUGGUGCUGUAACAUUUGUAGCAUAUGAAUUGACAUCAGAUUGGCUCGAGUCAAUUUUGACUUGAUUUUUUAACACUUAAAUUGAGG